AUGACUACGUUUAGAUUUUGCCGUGACUGCAACAAUAUGUUGUACCCUCGUGAAGAUAAAGAAAAUAACAGGUUAUUAUUUGAAUGCAGAACAUGCUCGUACGUGGAAGAAGCGGGCAGUCCAUUGGUAUACAGGCAUGAAUUGAUCACCAACAUUGGUGAAACUGCGGGCGUGGUGCAAGACAUUGGUUCCGAUCCGACUCUUCCGAGAUCUGAUAGAGAGUGUCCUAAAUGUCACUCUCGCGAAAAUGUCUUUUUUCAAUCACAACAAAGAAGAAAGGACACUUCGAUGGUUUUAUUCUUUGUGUGUUUGUCUUGCUCACACAUAUUUACUUCAGAUCAGAAGAAUAAAAGAACGCAGUUUUCGUGA